AUCGCCGCCGCGCACGUAUGUUUGUCAAGGGACAAACAACAAGUUGACCCAGCUGGGGCAUGUGGAAGACCAUUUCACCAGCCUGCAGAGGAUGUAUAACAACUGUGAGGUGGUACUGAGCAACCUAGAGAUUACGUAUGUGGAGCACAAUCGCGAUCUCUCUUUCCUGAAGAGCAUACAGGAGGUUGCGGGCUACGUGCUCAUUGCACUUAACAUGGUGGAUGUAAUUCCCCUAGAAAAUCUUCAGAUCAUCCGAGGCAAUGUGCUUUAUGACAACUCUUUUGCCCUGGCAGUUUUAUCCAACUACCACAUGAAUAAAACCCAAGGACUCCGAGAACUGCCAAUGAGACAGCUAUCAGAAAUUCUCAACGGAGGUGUUAAAAUCAGCAACAAUCCAAAAUUAUGCAACAUGGAUACUGUCCUGUGGAAUGACAUCAUUGACACAAAUAAAAAGCCUCUCACGGUGCUUGAUUUUGCAAGGAACCUGUCUUCUUGUCCAAAAUGUCAUCCGAACUGUACCGAGGAGCACUGCUGGGGCCCCGGUGAGGAGAACUGCCAGACAUUAACAAAAGUCAUCUGUGCCCAGCAGUGCUCUGGCCGCUGCAGGGGAAAGGUUCCCAGUGACUGCUGUCACAACCAGUGUGCUGCUGGGUGUACAGGACCUCGGGAAAGCGACUGUCUGGCAUGUCGCAAGUUUCGGGAUGAUGCGACCUGCAAGGACACAUGUCCCCCAUUAGUCCUGUAUAACCCCACUACCUAUCAGAUGGAUGUCAACCCUGACGGAAAAUACAGCUUUGGAGCCACGUGCGUGAGGGAAUGUCCUCACAACUAUGUGGUGACAGACCAUGGCUCCUGCGUUCGCUCCUGUAAUACUGAUACUUAUGAAGUGGAAGAGAACGGUGUUCGGAAGUGUAAAAAAUGUGACGGGCUAUGCAGCAAAGUGUGCAAUGGCAUCGGAAUCGGUGAGCUUAAAGGGAUUCUCUCCAUAAAUGCCACAAACAUUGACUCUUUCAAAAACUGUACUAAGAUCAACGGGGACGUCAGCAUUCUCCCAGUUGCAUUUCUAGGCGAUGCCUUCACAAAGACGCUACCUCUGGACCCCAAGAAACUGGAUGUCUUCAAAACAGUCAAAGAAAUAUCAGGAUUUUUGUUGAUUCAGGCCUGGCCUGAUAACGCUACUGAUCUCUAUGCUUUUGAAAAUCUGGAGAUUAUACGAGGCAGAACCAAGCAACAUGGCCAAUACUCCCUUGCAGUUGUUAAUUUGAAAAUACGGUCCUUAGGACUGCGCUCCCUCAAGGAAAUCAGUGAUGGAGAUGUUGCCAUUAUGAGAAACAAGAACCUCUGCUACGCGGACACGAUGAACUGGCGUAGUCUCUUUGCAACUCAGAGUCAGAAAACAAAAAUUACACAGAACAGAAAUAAAAACGACUGUGCUGCUGCUAAGCAUGUUUGUGACCCCCUGUGCUCGGAUAUAGGCUGUUGGGGCCCAGGGCCCUUCCACUGCUUCUCCUGCAGGUUUUUUGGCCGCCAGAAGGAGUGUGUGAAAGAGUGCAAUAUCCUGCAAGGGGAGCCCCGGGAGUUUGAAAGGGACUCGAAGUGCCUCCCGUGUCACCCAGAGUGCCUGGUGCAAAACUCCACCGUCUACAACGCCACCUGCACUGGACCCGGCCCAGACAAUUGCAUGAAAUGUGCCCAUUUCAUAGAUGGCCCUCACUGCGUGAAAACCUGCCCCGCGGGGGUGCUGGGCGAGAACGACACCCUCGUCUGGAAAUACGCGGACACAAACUCCGUUUGUCAGCUCUGCCAUCCAAACUGUACCCGCGGGUGCAAAGGGCCAGGUCUUGAAGGCUGUCCAAACGGCUCCAAAAUCCCGUCUAUCGCAGCUGGUGUUGUUGGAGGUCUCCUGUGCCUGGUCGUGGUCGGCUUGGGCAUCGGCCUUUACUUGCGGCGGCGCCACAUCGUGAGAAAGCGGACCCUGCGCAGGCUGCUUCAGGAGAGGGAGCUUGUUGAACCUCUGACACCCAGUGGGGAGGCACCAAACCAGGCUCAUCUGAGAAUUUUAAAGGAAACAGAAUUUAAAAAGGUCAAAGUUUUAGGCUCUGGAGCUUUUGGCACUGUUUAUAAGGGACUUUGGAUCCCAGAAGGGGAGAAGGUUAAAAUUCCCGUUGCUAUUAAAGAGUUGAGAGAGGCUACAUCGCCCAAAGCCAACAAGGAAAUACUUGAUGAAGCUUAUGUGAUGGCUAGUGUUGACAAUCCUCAUGUUUGCCGGUUGCUGGGGAUCUGCCUCACUUCCACCGUUCAGCUCAUCACGCAGCUGAUGCCGUAUGGCUGCCUCCUCGAUUACAUCCGCGAGAACAAGGACAACAUCGGCUCCCAGUACCUUCUCAACUGGUGUGUGCAGAUCGCAAAGGGAAUGAACUACUUGGAAGAACGUCGCUUGGUGCACCGUGAUCUUGCUGCCAGGAACGUCCUUGUGAAAACUCCUCAACACGUGAAAAUUACGGACUUUGGGCUGGCGAAACUGCUCGGCGCUGACGAGAAAGAGUAUCACGCGGAGGGAGGCAAGGUUCCUAUUAAAUGGAUGGCCUUGGAGUCAAUUUUACACCGGAUCUACACUCAUCAAAGUGACGUCUGGAGUUACGGUGUGACAGUUUGGGAGCUCAUGACAUUUGGGUCCAAGCCGUACGAUGGGAUUCCUGCCAGCGAAAUUUCCUCUGUCUUGGAGAAGGGCGAGCGUUUGCCUCAGCCGCCUAUCUGUACCAUCGAUGUGUAUAUGAUCAUGGUCAAAUGCUGGAUGAUUGAUGCUGACAGUCGUCCCAAGUUUCGUGAACUGAUAGCGGAGUUCUCCAAAAUGGCCCGUGACCCUUCACGCUAUCUUGUUAUACAGGGAGAUGAAAGGAUGCACUUGCCCAGCCCCACGGAUUCAAAGUUUUAUCGCACCCUGAUGGAAGAGGAAGACAUGGAAGAUAUAGUGGAUGCAGACGAAUAUCUCGUUCCACACCAAGGAUUUUUCAACAGCCCCUCAACAUCCCGGACUCCACUUUUGAGUUCAUUGAGUGCUACUAGCAACAAUUCUGCCACAACCUGUAUUGACAGAAAUGGGCAGGGACACCCGGUGAGGGAAGACAGCUUUGCCCAGAGGUAUAGUUCAGACCCAACAGGCGCUUUCUUGGAGGACAGCAUUGAUGAUGGCUUCCUGCCUGCUCCAGAGUACGUAAACCAGUUGAUGCCCAAGAAAACAACUGUGGCAGUGGUCCAGAAUCCGAUCUACAACAACUGCUCUCUCACAGGAAACUCAAAGCUCUCCACGGACUCGGGCUACCAGAAUUCCCACAGCACAGCCGUGGACAACCCCGAGUAUCUCAACACCAGCCAGUCUCCUUUGGGCAAAACAGUCUUCGAGAGCUCUCCUUAUUGGAUCCAGGCGGGCAAUCACCAAAUAAACCUGGACAAUCCUGACUAUCAGCAGGACUUCUUACCGAAGGAAAACAAAUCUAACGGUCUCUUGAAAGUUCCUGCAGCAGAAAACCCUGAGUACUUAAGGGUAGCAGCACCAAAAAGCGAAUAUAUUGAAGCCUCAGCAUGACCCUAGAGAAUUUCCUCUUGCAGUGAGGCAAGCCAGACUCUGGGUGAAUCACCUGGCUGCUGCAAGAACAGACUGCAUAGAGCGAUCGGCAACCGCGAUGCAUCAACAAGCACAUCUUUCCCUUCCAGCAAGUGGGUUGAAAUUUGACAAUAUGAUUUGGGUGUUUUCUUGCUCAUUUCUGUGUAAUAACUUAGGCCCAUACGCUGCACUUGGAUGCGUGUUGGAACAGAGUGAGAUCUUCCUGCACAGAAGAACUAGCGGGUGCAUUCCUUUCAUUUUCAAAUGGUAGCAUUGUAAGAAGCCAUUCUGGGGUGAACUUGAGAGCUGCACACAUUGUACAGUCAAAUUCCUUUCUACAGUGUGUAUUUUUAUAAAUGUUUCUAGCAGAAUUUUUGGAUCUUUUACAAGAUCAGAUGCUUGUACUGCUGGUCUGUUACGUGGUGCUCAGAUCAUCAACAAGGAAAAAAAAUGAUGUUAUUAAAUACUCUUGAGCAGAGUUUUCCAAAAGUCCUGGAACAUAAAUAGCUAUUUCAAACGAUCGCAUUUUUUACAAAUCAGCUCCAUAUACCACUUCUUGGCUUGAACAGGAAAAAUGCAUCUAGGGGACGUAUGGGUGAGUCUGUUCACGGAAGUAUGAAGUGGAUCACUCUGGGGGAAACUAGUACAAGGACGAACGGCAAGACACAUCGCCUACUGACCACUAUGCUAAAAACUGACAGGAGGAACUCAGCUCAAAGCCCUUUAUAAAUGUUUAUAAAGUGCUCACUAGUCUGUUUUCUGAUGGUCAAACACGAGACAUUUUUUUUUCUGCUCCAUUAUGCAGCUGUAGCAUUGUCAGAAAUGCCUUUUCUUUUUUUAAACAAAACCGUUAAAGAUGUUGCCGUAACUGAAAAAUGAAGGGUCAAAUAACAUUUAACAGACUUUAAUUAAAUGUCAAGGAAAUGCAAACGGUGGCAAACUGGAGCACUCGUGAGACAGACAGGCUGAAAGAACUACGCUAAAUUAAACUUGACUAGGGCAAGAAACACAGGUAGCUCCAUCCAAGCAGUUUUAUUUCCCUCCUUAAAGCAGCUCAGCGCAGCAAUCAUUUUCCUGCGUACAUUUGGCAAAGAAAAGGGGCACGUCCGCGUUUCACUUUACUGACCUCAAGGCAGUUGCUGCCAAUUGCUGUAUCGUUGUAGGGCAGGGGCCGGGGCUGCUUGCCUGACUGUCGCUGUCCCACGGGGGAAACCACUUAUCCUGGCAAUGCGGAAAGUGCCUGGCGAAAUGAAUUAAGGAGAGGAAGAAAAAUCCGGGAUGAUGGAAAAGGCCAUCGUCCUCUUCUGAAGCACAGGGCUGCCUACUGCUCCUUUAAAUACCCAGUCUCAUCUUCUGUUGUCACAGUGGGAUAGGCAGACUAGCCAAGGCAAACAUUUUAGCUUAAUAGGAUAAAUACACUGCGUGCCGAUGGUAUGUAAAUCACAGGAGCAGAAGAAGCUGCUCCUUCGAGGGGCCUGUGUUAGGGAACGGGAGGGCCUUUCGUCAUUCAUGUUUCUUACAACAGGAGCGGGAGUAAAAUGCUUCCGGUCUGAAUUUAGUGAGUAAUUUAGAACCAUCCCACCACCACUUUGGCAGUAGCGUUUUAAUCAAAUCAGAGAAAUGAAACGCGCGUUUGGUGAUUUUUCUGCUAAGGCCCUUAUCUAGCUGAGCGUUAGGAAUUUGCUCGAGGUAGCAUAAGCAGCUGAGUUGCAGAUGUGGUGUUUUUUAAGGAGCAAGAAAUUGUCAAUUUUAUGCUGCCAAUAUGUUUCGAAUGUUGCAGUAUGUAUUUCAGUUUACAUAGUGCAUCUGGAGUCCAGGAUCAAGCAGAAAAUCCUUAGAAAAUCCUUAGUUUUUGCAGAUUUAUUGAGGAUUGUUGGAAAAGAAUGAUCAUGUGAAAUGACCCCUUUUAAAAGUAAUGCAGCGUAAAAUGCAUUUAUGGCUUGUAUACGUGCAGCAGUUCAUCAGCCACACAGCGGUCUGGGGUAGCGCAGUAUGUUUGGUCAAAAUCCAAAGGUUGUCCUGUUGUGCUCUUUGGUACAACUGUGUCACAGUGACCAAGUCCCAGUCACAGCCUUACGGAGGGUGCAGGGUUUGGCUUUGAUUAUUGCUGCCUGGUAUUCAAAACAUAAACUAGAAUCUAGUUCCCACGUCCAGUUAACGGCGCAUUUCUCCUUGCAUUCCUGAGAACAGAUUUGUUGUGCUGCUCUCCUAAGCGUGUAACAUGUACAUGCAGGCAGUGCCGCUUCUCUCCCUGCACUGCCCCAGAAAAAAAAUAUAUUAAAAAAUCCAAAAGUAUUUUAAUGGAAAUCAUGGAAAAAUUAUCAGUUUGCAGAAUCUGUUAUGUCUCCAAGCAGAACACUAGAAAAUUAUAGAGUGCAAUGUUUUCCUACAGAAACUAACACUAUUAUGCAAAAUAAUUUAUUUAUAUUUUAAUUAUUUGAAUCUGUUAUCUAAAACAAAAAAACACUAAGAAGUAGCAGCAUGUAUCACCAGCAUUAUGUAGCAUGAAAACUUUUUAACACAGAAUAAUAUGCUUGCCUUUUUAAAACAAUUUAUGAGGGCCUGGGUAACAACUCAUUAUUAGAACCACGGAGACUUAGUUAGAAACUCAGAAAUAUAAGUUUGAAAGAUCUUCCUUGUUUAAACAUAUUGUUUUUGUUGAGAAAUUUAGGCGAGAGGCUGUAGAAACCACAGGCUUUUGAUACAAAUGUAUAAGAAGAUUCCAGAUUUACGGGCUUAGCAAUACUGUAAAAUAAUUCUUGUAUGCAUCCUCUAAGCUGUAAUUUGCAAAUAGGCAGCUCAGUAACGAUUUGAAAGUCAGCAAAAAUAAAAAAUAGGCAGUGCACUGUAGUCUAGGAGGACUUCCUCCAGGCAGAUACGGUGGCGCUGGGAGUGGAGGGACUGUGCAGCAGCAUGGCUCUCGCUGGAGGCAUAGGGGCUAAGAGACAUUAGCAAUGUACUAAAUUAUUUCCUCUGUUGAAAAAAAAAAAACAAUAUGCAGCUGAAAUGAUUUAUUUUUCCUGCUGUAGCUCACAGACCGUGUAGCAGCAAGGAGCUCACUGCAGCUCAUGGGUGCUCAGAAAGCCCAACAUGGUUACGCUGCAGUUUCAUGGUGGUCGUGGGAUCUUGCUGACGGAGCGUUUUAUGGAUUUUAAUGCUACUUGAAUGGGCCAUGAAUCUUAUGUUUUUACAGAGAUGAGCAAAAUAAACACGCUGCAUCUUGAGAUCUUAGGUAAAUCAUCAUCCAAAUAUAACUUGAAAGUUCUGCUGUUGUCUCUCAGGAGCUGUGGGUGUAAAAUGCUGAUUUUUAAAGUACAACUAACCAGGGAAAUGUAGCAGGCCACAGCCACUUUUAAAAGCUAAGUCUUACCAAUAAAGAUAAUAACAAUUUUCAUUUUUACUGUAUUUCUCAUGGAAGACAAAAUGACACCACUUGAAAGUUAGAGUGCUUAGCAUCUCUUAAUCACUGGAGUAGCAGUUAAUAGGGAACUAUUUUUGUAAUAAUAAUUUAAACACAACAUACUCAGAGACUUCCAAUAACUGCAAAAUACGUGGAAAUAAGUCACAGCCUUCAUGCUACCUUGAUGUUUUUCAGUGAUCUAUGUACUUUACUUCAUUUGGGCCUUAGGUUGUUUUGUUUUGCUCUAAAGGGAGUUGUCUUGGGAAAUUUCCUUCGUGUUGCAGUAGGUCUUGUAGCGUAAAUUCAUCCGAGUCCAGUGGCGUGCUCUUGCUUCCAGCUGACAGGCAACAAGGUGAUGAGUUUUCUAGUGAGACUUGUUUGAAAUAGAUGACAUGCAUCAUAGAUUUAGAGUGCCUAAAGGUGAUUUACUGUCCCCUUAUGUCACGCUCAGAUAGUCACAUGAAGCCCCGACGUUAGAAAAUACAGUCGUGUGGUUCAUUUGACAGGAGAGGGCUCUUGUAGGGAGAACGGUGCCAGGGGAAGGGGCAGAGCCGACAAAGCCGUACGCGAUACAGAUGCCAAAUUUGCCAGGGGACGUCAGUGAAGUCAUUGACUUCUACUGCAGAGCAGAGGUGGGAGUAGCUGUACAAAUGGCUCCUGCCUCUAUGGCUGGCUUGAAGCUAAAUCUGCUGCACUUCUACAGAGAUUGUUGUGCAAAACCCAGUGGACUCGGCCUUCGUACUACGGGGCAAAUUUCCCCCUGGGCCUGAAAGCCACAGCUAGGAGUAUUGCAGUGUAGCAGGACUGCAGAUGGUUUAAGCAGCUCCCAUCACCAGGUGCCUGGGCGAUCCAUCUAGGGGUGGUCCAUCUAGGGGUGCUUCAGGGUGUCAGUGAGAAACUUUGCAUUUCCUGACAAGUGCUCAUUUUUCAGCUUCAGAGUUCAACAUCCUCUGUUAGCAUGACUGCUCCCUGUCCAAAUGAGCAGUUACAGCUGCUCUGGCUUUUAUUUCCCCCUGCAUUUCUCUGUGAGAAAACAUUUGAAUCAGGACAAAGUAUGAAAAUGUACUCACAUCCUCCCUCCUGAUGAAAAUGGUAUAUUGAUGAAAUGUCAGACUCUGUGUAUAACGCUUAGCAAGAAUGCUUUGUAAUGUUUUAUCACCACGAAUCCAAAUUUUUAUAUUGGAAUCCCAUUUCCUAGCUUUGUUUUGGUAAGUUUUAUUUGUUGCUUUUGUCAUACAACUUUUAAGGAGCCUUUUUAAAAAAAUAAAUUAAUAGAAAAAAAAGAGUUUAUCCAAAAGAAAAGCAUGACACCUUCAAGUAGCUUGUUAAAUGGGCUGCAUUAGGACCAAAGAUACAAUGUCUUAUUUUCUUGCUUUAAAGUAAUAUGGUGUUGAUCACCACUCCCACAGCAUCCCAUUACAGGAAAAAGCUAUAGCUCUCCAUUCUUCACUGGGAUCAGCCCAGAGCACCACUAAGCCAGGAGGGCUUGACCUGAAGAUGAAGCCUGUCCAUUGAAAACAGAACUAAAAAUCAGGACCUGGCAUCGCUUUAGGGCUGCAUCUAGAGCCUUUAUUUUGAUUCAUUCUCUACUCACACAACCCCCAAACAAGAACACUGUUAGGUUAGGAAAAAAGAAAAAAAUAUAUAUAAUGUUUGGACUCAGCAUCAGGAAAAAAUAAAAA